AUGUCCAUCUCACGCUUACAGAGUGAAUUUAAGCGCUUACAGCUCAUGCCCCCAAGAUACAUGUUUGUAGACUUUGACGGUAUUGAUCUUUCAGAAUGGGAAAUCUGCAUGAUCGGACCCGCGAGCUCCCCUUACGAAGCAUGUCUUUUCCAUGUGCACCUCUCUAUAGGAAGGGAAUACCCUAUAUCUCCACCUACUAUCACAUUUAACUCUAGAAUACUUCAUCCCAACAUAUCGGACAGGGGGCUUGUAUGCCCUAAUCUAGUGAAUAAAGACUGGACCCACACCAUGGGAAUUCAAGAUCUCAUGGAACUGCUACAGGAUAUCCUACUGACCCCACGCAUGGAGAAGGCAUACUUGAUGGACAUCUGUGCUGCAAGAUUAUACGCGUCCGAUGUCCGAGCCCUUACGCAAGAAAUGGCUAAAAUGUCAUCAUAG